GUGAUGUUAGGAGGUGAGGCAGAUAGAAGAUGAGUUGGUGAACAAAAAGGAAGGUCUGUUUCUUGCAAAGAUAUUUCAUAACUAACUAUACUGGAAGCGUUGCAAACAUCGAAAGGCAGAGAUGUUCGGCAUUUGUGUGUUGUCAGUGCCUUAAACUAACGUUUUGAGGAUCUGGCAUCGACUGCUUACCAUUCGGUUUGCUUCCUUGUCUGGAUUUCUUCAACUUCAGCUAAUAUGACACGGCAUGCUUUGGAGCAGGUGACAGAUUUUGGUGAUUUUACAAGGGGUAAAGAAUUGAAAGACUUUUUGAAGCAGUCGUACUCCAACAAUUCUAGGAAAAACUGUUUAUCAAAUGUUCGGGUCAGUCCAGAUGGGCGACACAUUCAUGUUAUCCUGCAUGCUCCGAAUACUCCGAAAAGUGAUCUCAUGACAUAUGACAAGUAUCUAAGACCUCAACUUGUACAAUGCAAGAAGCAUUUCGAUUUAGUACUGACACGGGAUGUCCCAAUAGUUGACCUAAUUUACUUCGAUCAAAGCAACACUGACGAUGGUGUUACUCUGCUCGGAAUAAUAUUUGAGAACGGAAAGGCUGAAUUCUGGAAAUUCUCCGAGCGUAAGUCUGGAUGGCACUUACUUCAAACCGUGGAUCUCUGUAACAGUCCUAGAGCUAAAAUCAAUUCUGUUUGCAUCAGUCAACAUUUUAUCAUAUGGUGUGAAGAGAGACCUUCAAACAGCUCUUCAGUCCACAAUGUUGCUUGCGGUAACUUUAGAUUCUGCAUCUGUAAAAGAUCUUUUGAUAUAAAUGAGGGGGGUGUCUGUUUAGGGGGUGUGAAAACUGCUAUGCACAAUAAUCCUCGUUAUUUGGUGAUCAGUUCUGGGGAUAUAGUGUAUUUGCUGCCUGAUAUAAAGGAAGAGUCUUUCAUCAGUAUUUCAAAAGUUUUUUUAACAUGGUCACCACAGCAUGAAAUCUUUAAAAUUCUCAGUGCCAGUAAUGGAACACUCCUUAUCAAAAAUUCCACAGCAAAUAAGGAGUCUGACUUCAGGCAUCUGGUCACCGACUGCAUUGGAAUUCUGUCCAUCAUCACCCCUCCUGAUGUGUAUAGUUUUUGCCCUACUGGAUGUGGGGAUCUCCUGCUCCUCCUCAGUUCUGGAUGGGUGUGUAUAAUGCAAAGAGAUGGCGUUCUACGUCAAAUUUAUAAACUUCCUGACAACUGCCUCACUAAUUCUGGGGUACAAAACAGCCUAAACAUUUAUCAUGACAUCCUUGCACUAGCUGUGGGAAGGAUGAUGUAUUUGAUUGAUGUUAAGUGUGGCCUAGAGCUAGACAGAAUCACUCUGAAAAAAGAGGGCCUCCUUUUUGUGAACUGUUUGGAUAGUCAUUCCCCACAGAUGCUCUCAGAGGCUGGCUUAUUUGUGGUCAUCCAAACAGAGGCUGAAGCCAAACCCAAGGCAUCAGUAGUUCAUUCAGAGACCAUUCACUCAAGUGCAGUCUUGGUUGAGGCUGUGUUUGAGGAAGCAUGCAAAUAUUACCAACAGAGAAGUCUUAGCACCACAAAGCUAACAGCAGAGAAACUCAGGACAGGUGGAAUGUUUCAGGCACCUAUCUCACUGGCAGCCAUCAUCAGUGAUUACUUGACCAACCAGACAAUAAAAAUAGCAGGGAAGGAUGCUUCAGGACAUGGUAAAUUGUUAAUCUCUCUUGACUCUGAGCUCAAAAGUCUUAUUGUUCUGGAGGAUAUUAAAACAUCAAUGGUGAAGGCUUCAGAAAAUGAUCUAGGGAGUUACUGUGAGACCCUUGUUCAACAGGAAAUAUGCAGACUGCUCAGCUCAGAAAUGGAUAAGGAAAACCUUCAGUACCUGAACAGUAUCUUCCACUUGUUCUCCACUGAGGCCUGGCAAGCCAUACAGGCUGUUCUCCAGCUCAGAUGCAACGGUGCGGGAUCAUUAUCUACCAAAGCUCCUUCUGAAUUGUGGAAGAUUGUCCUAAGCCCUAUUCAAACAAUGGCUACCUUCACCCAACAGAAACAUACUCCGGCCAAUGCUGUGCUACCUGUCUUUGAGUUGCUGUGUAAAUCCAUGUUUAAAUUUCAACCCAGCUGGCUUCCCAGGUUUCUUGAGCUGGCACAACAGCAAUCAGGUACCUCCUCCAACUCAUCCUGGAAUUAUGGAGUAAAAGAAAGCUCUGAGAGUCUACCCUUAUAUAAGCGGGUGCUUGCUAUCGUCCCUUGCAUAGAUGCUUACCAGGACUUGGAGGUGGAGCUGCUCUUAUGUAGCCAGCGGCCUAAUGCAAUAAUGCAAGCCCUCCGCAUCCUUAUAGGGCUAGGUGAGUGGGGUCGUGUUACCCAGGUAGCAGAGAGGUUCUGCCGCCAAAGCCCCCUUCUCAACAAAGAGAUUUUUACCACCCUGCUGUGUGAGGUAUCCCAGCAUAGAGACCUUGACCCCUACCUAGAUUUACUGUGGGCCCUUUGUCCAGAAGACAUGACUGUUACUGCAAUUCUGAACAUAGUGCUGAAGAACAUGCCCUCUACUGCACAGUCCUCAGGCCCAUUCCAGGGACACACUAAUGACAGCCAACCAACCAUUGGGGUCCUGAAGCCUCUGCUGAGUAAAGUUCUGCAGCGGGAGACCAGACCGAGACAGAGGUAUGCCGACAUCCUGCAGUCUCCCUCGCUCCCUCCCCCAGCACCUCCACGACAGGUCAAAGACCUGGCAAUGGUCAACACUGAGCUGGACAUUGACCAAAAGGAGAGCCCUCCCUCUGGGUCUCAAGUUAACCAUAUGUGACAUUUCUACCCGUCAGUCCUCUUACUUCUUUAUUGAUUGGGGUUCAUGCACAAGACACGUUUAAAACUCCACUUCUUGUUCUCUUUAUUUUGGAUGUUCCAAAAUGCGAUAUGGAUCCAUUACUAGAUAAAGGCUUUAAAAAAAAGUUGAUUACUUUGUAUGGAACUGCAGUUUUGGUAGUAUGUUAGACUACUCAAAACAUGCUUGUGAUGUUAUUACAUUUGAAAUGUUCUAGCAUUAUUAUGUUCUUGAUUUGUUUUUAACAACAUUGUACUUAGUUUUUUGUUUGUUUGUUUUUGUUUGUUUUUUUGACAUGAUUGUGUUUUAAUUUAAUUCCAUGGAAAGUUGUUUUUGCUAAACUAAAAACAUGCUCUUGCCUUAUUCAGAUAUGUCUGUGAUAGGAAAACAAGUGUGGAAUUGUCCCUUCAUGGCGUAUAGCGAAGAUGCUUUGCAAGUUGCUUUGGUGGAAAAAAGAAUAAACAGUUCUUAUCCGUGGCCCCACUGUCGGGUAAAGGUUAGCAGCAAAGUGCUGAAUAGCCUUACCUUGGAAAAACAAUGUUGGGGGGCUUGGUGGAAGGAAAAGGCAAAGACAUUGGAGCAGGACACCUGCUGGUGUGGGGUCCCACCAGCUCCUGAUGGUGAAAUUUAAAUUGCUACUGUUGACACUACAUUAUAGAACAUGCAUCUUAAAAAUCCAUCAGUCAUUUCAAGAAAUCACAUAUGCAUCGCCAAAUAAACUUUUUUCAAAAUGGUUUAUAUUAAUGAGUUGAAUAAGUAAAUUAUAUAUGACAGUGUGUUGUGUCUUAAAAUGCUUGUUCACAGCUUUAAUAUUUAGCUUGAUAACAAGAAUAUGGACAUGAUACAUUUCAAACAUAGUUUGCUUUUAAAAACAUGGAUCAGUUCUUGGCCUAUUAGAAACAAAUAUUUUUGAAGACAUUCUAUUAUUGAAGAUGGAAUGGAAAAUAAUUAAAGAUGGUUUUAUAUAUGCCAUUUUUUUUUGUGUGUUGCCGUGUAUUAUUUUAAAGCUGUUCUUUUUUUAAUAUUCAACACUAGAGACCAAUCUAGGGACCCAUGUAGACAGCAGUCUCUACUAGUCAUGUUGCAUUUAAGGUUUAUAUUUGUUACUGUGAUGUUUUACUGAUGUUUUGUUAUUUCCUACAGGAUUUUGAAUUUGAUGACAUCUCAAACUAUUGCUUUUGCAUAAUUCCUAUAUGAAAUGUUAGGUAAACUAAGCCGUUCCAGUUGCUACUAA